AUGACCCAGCCUACCGAGCUAACCGACGAAGAGAAGAGGCUGGAGGAUGAAAAGAACAAAAAGGCCGAAGAAGGCAACAACGUAGCAAACAAAAAUGACGUCCAAGCGGUCUUUGAUAUCUACGUCUAUGAUGACAACACCGGAAAAGCCAAAAUGGACAAGUUUGUCACCCUUGGAAGUUUUAAAAAUGUCCAGGGUAAGACAUUGUCAGACAUUCGUGGGAUGCUAAACAACGAGAACGGUUUGAGUGUUAGGCUACAAGGCUCGUCUUUUUGCAAUAAGAUUGGGGCUAUUGCAAAUGAGAGUUUACCUUUCACCGAGUAUAUUAAAUCCCUCGAUAGGGGUGGAACGAAGAUCGAACAGAAGCCUGAAAAUCAGGGAUAUUCUGUCCAAGUUGAGGGAUAUUCUGUCCAAGUUCCCACAGGAGAGGAGCCAGUCUUAGAGCCACAAGUAUAUGCUGUCUAUUUCAAAUCUCGCUCUUUGACUUCGGAGAUGAACGAUGUGACCAAAGACUUUCUGAAAGAGAAGCUAGAUCUUGAGCUACGAAAAUCGGAAAUCGGCGCGAUCGACAAACCAGAUAUCCUGAAGAGCUCCUACAGCCACGGCAACUUUAUGGCUGGAGUCAGUAAAGCAACGGCUGUUCACCCCACCGACAUGACCCAAGGACAAUGGAAUACCGUUAUGGAAGCCAAUUCCCUUUUGCAUGCAAGUUUUGUUAGAUUACCACUCCGUGGAGUGCCCAAAAAGGUCGAGAGAGCUAUGUAUCCGGCGUUCAAGUUGAGACCCCGCCAGUUUCAUGAUUUCAAUGCUUCAUUGGAUAACAAAGACAUCGUUAUCCCCGUGAAAAAUUUGAUCAUCCCUCGUUUCAGAGUUGAGGAUGACUCCUAUGUCGCGGUGUCUGAGAAUGAUUCCUCCGUCGCGGAGGCCAUUGCCUCUAGUUCUCUCUCUGAGGCUGCUGCUGAGCUUGCCGUUGGUGGGGGAUUCUUUGGCUAUGGCGCUGGAGCUCAGGCCGGCUUCAAGAACGAAGAGCAAUCAUCCGGUUCUAAGGCUAGGACGGAAAAUAAAAAGCACAUGACCAUCACUUACAAUUUCCCUCGUGUGGUCCUCCAACUUGAUGAAGAAAGCCUGGAACUCUCCGAUGAGUGCGCUGAGGCUCUCAAGCAUGUCAAAGAUCAGGCAUCUGUCCAGGCUUUCAAAGCCAAAUAUGGAACCUUCUUUGCCACCCGCAUUGAGUUGGGUGGUCGGCUACAUGCCACAGAGGACUCAGCCGCCAUGGGAACUAGCAGUGUAUCUGAGAAAUCGAAAGCAAUGAAAGUGGCUGCUAGUCUGAGCUUUUCGUCACCAUAUGUGCAGGCUUCCGCUAGCGCUAGCUAUGGAUCGUCGAGUGCAAACAAGAAGGACAAUAGUGAAAGCUCGUUGGACGUAAGCAUGACGUGGGAGGCUAAGGGUGGUGAUACUUUGCUUUGCAAUAAUCCCCCAGCUUGGUGUGCCACCGUGGCAUCCUUUUAUAACUGGCGAGUGGUCAAGCAAGAAAACCUCCUUUCGAUUGAGGAUCUGAUAUCUAGAAUUCCCGGGCAUGAAAACACCAAAAAGCUAUUCGAGAACGUCCAGAAUGGCGAAAAGAAGGAGCCGGUGUUCAACAAGACCACUGUCCCAGUCCGUUUCAAGGAGAAAACAACCGGAAAGUACCUGAGCAUUCGAAAGGAACCUUCAGGCCUUAUAUUGGGUAGCUUGACUGGGAGGAGGGAAUACUGGCGUGACGGUCAGAAUCAUCGUGCAUUGCAAAGGACUCCCGCCGUGCUAGAGUGGAAGAAACAAAUUGGUAAUUCACUGCGCGAAAUCUAUUUCGCCGAGAAGGGGGACCACACUGUCUUCAAUGUGCACGGUACACUCGCUACCACCGAGCCCAAGGGGCGUGUUCUUGCUGGCGGUAAAUACAUAGUUUGCAGUGACAUGGCAAACACCUAUUUACAAGGUACACCGACAAUUCCUGAGUACCAGAGAUCCUUCUUGUACGGUGGAGCCAAAGAAACGGCGUGGGCUUUUACUCUCAAGCCGGUGGACCCGUUGCAGCAGGCGGGGACUAGUUUGGGACCGGAGGAUGACUUCCAUAUCGAGAUCAGUAAUGAUAAGGGACAAGUGGGCCUGAUGUCUUCGUGUGCCGUGUUCGCGAUCAACCUCGGUGUGGUUGAUGGAACACAAGAGUUGACUUUCGUGCUAGAGUAUGCUUGA